UGGCCGCUGCAGCGACCAGGAUCACUACCAUAGAAAGCAAGGCGCUCUUUUUUGUCUUUUUCUUUCCCUUCCCCACCGAAGGAGGGUGCUCUCUAUGGUCUCCGGAGGCUUUGUAGCUCUAUCUCUAUGGCAUCGACUGCCGCGUCCUUGCGGUUGGCGGGCGGGGGGCGGCUUCCGUAGCCCCCCCCCCGUGGCGGUCACGGGGCCCUGCGACGAUGCCCGUCGGCGAGUACGCUUUCGUGAGGCCCGUGGGGAAAGGCAGCUACGGGGAAGUGAGCCUGGUGAGGCACCGGCAGGACAACAAACAGUAUGUUAUCAAAAGGCUGAACCUUAAACAUGCCUCGAGUCGUGAGAGAAAAUCAGCAGAACAAGAGGCCCAGCUGCUGUCUCAGCUAAAGCAUCCUAAUAUAGUCACUUAUAGGGAGUCCUGGGAAGGGGAAGAUGGCCUCCUAUACAUUGUCAUGGGCUUCUGUGAAGGAGGGGACCUAUAUCAUAAGCUGAAAGAACAGAAAGGAAAGCUUUUGCCUGAAAGUCAGGUGGUGGAAUGGUUUGUUCAGAUUGCAAUGGCUUUGCAGUAUUUGCACGAAAGGCACAUUCUGCACAGAGAUCUCAAAACUCAGAAUGUAUUCCUGACACGUUCAAAUAUCAUCAAAGUGGGAGAUCUGGGAAUAGCUAGAGUGUUGGAAAAUCAGUAUGACAUGGCUAGUACUCUCAUUGGCACACCUUACUACAUGAGCCCUGAGCUGUUCUCUAACAAGCCUUACAAUUAUAAGUCUGAUGUUUGGGCUUUGGGCUGUUGUGCCUAUGAAAUGGCCACACUGAAGCACGCCUUCAAUGCUAAAGAUAUGAACUCCUUAGUAUAUCGAAUUAUUGAAGGAAAGCUGCCACCCAUGCCAAAAGAUUACAGCAUGCACUUGAAAGAGCUAAUAAGAACAAUGCUUAGUAAAAAGCCAGAGGAGAGGCCCAGUGUGAGAAGCGUCCUAAGGCAACCCUACAUCAAGCACCAAAUCUCUCUGUUUUUGGAAGCUACAAAGGCGAAAACAGCCAAAAAUCAUAAGAAAAUGACUGAAGUCAAACCCCAGAGCUCCUCAGGAAAUGCUGAAUUGAAAAAUGGAAAUGUAACACCCCAGAAGCUUCCUAAUGAACAUUCCAGGAAAUCUAAAAGGAAUGAAGAGAAAUGUUUAAUCCAUAAUAAAACCUUUCAGGUUUCUUCCUCGAACAAACUGGCACCCGAGCCUGAAAAAAGUGCAAACACAAAUGGGUUGAACAGCACGGACAUGUCAGUGGCAACAAUGAGCAAAGUGGACAUAGUUAUUGUUCCGUUGGAAAAGAGGAACUCUGAAAGCAAACAGCCACUUGCGGGAACGUUCACGGGGGAUAAAAAGCCCCGUAGUUCAAGUAUGCCCAGUGAAGCAGAGUCUGAAAUAGGAAUAAACGCACCACAGUGUAAGGAAGAAAGGUUGCAGAGCAUUACAAAUCCAUGUCUGGAAACUGUAGCUAUUAAAAAGGGUGUUAUUGAUACCACAGCUGAUGGUGAUGAUACCAUGAAACUUCUGCAACCUGUUUCAGAGAUCCCAGACACGAAUGAUAAAGGUCUGGAUUCUACCGACAAACUUCUAGCACCAUUUGUGCCUGUAGAAGUUCUGGCUGAAGCCUCCUUCAGAAGUUUGGGAGAAGCUAACAGUGCAGUUCAAAAUGAAAGCACCCCCCGUUUUCAGCCCCAGGGAUCUGUUCACGAGCCUUCUCUGUCACGACAGCAACGGCAGAAAAAAAGAGAGCAACUUGAGGAUACAGGUCCUCGACCAUUGCCUGCUGCUCCUGACAUGAAUGCAAAGACAAGAGGAGACAACACAGACAAGCAGGAUGCUGCAGUUACAAGGGCUAUAAACAGACCUGGAAGCACCGAAGUGACAGCUUCUAAGGAUCGACCAUUGUCAGCACGAGAGAGGAGGAGACUAAAGCAAUCUCAGGAAGACAUGCUUCCUUUCGGGCCUGCUGCAAGAAGAGCUUCUCACAGUGCAGCUAUAGAAACAAAACUUCCAGAAGAUGGUCAUGUCCAAAUUGCUCACAUUUCCUCAGAGCUUGGAAUCUGUGAGACAAAGAGCUUAAUUGGUUGCUCUACUGAAGAUGAACUAAGCUCUUCCACCAGCUCCACAGAGAGAUCAGAUGGAGACAGUAAAGAAGGAAAAACAAAUGAGAUGCAUGACUUGGUGCAGCUAAUGACCCAAACGCUGAAAAUGGAUAAUAAAGAAAAUUGUUCACAAUCUGCAAUACUAGCUCCCGAAACGCAGUUCCGGCUUAAUAGGAAAUACAAAGACACCCUUAAAUUACACGGAAAAGCAUCAGAAGAACCAGAUGAAUUCCAGUUGCAGGAGUUUCCUUCAGAUGUUCUCUCUGGUCAUGAAAAGGUUAGGAGAUUGGUCGAGAUCUUAAGAGCAGAUGUGGUUCAAGGACUUGGAGUGAAGCUUCUAGAGAAGGUGUAUGAUGUCAUGGAUGAGGAAGAUGAACAGAAAAGAGAACUGCAUUUGCGGAAGCUCAUGGGAGAAAAGUAUACUUCUUACAGCAUAAAGGCCCGCCAUUUAAAAUUCUUGGAAGAAAAUGUGAAGCUUUGACAGAAACCUCAAUUCAGCUAUUUCCUUAUGAAGAAAAGAGCAAGACUUUAUUCAGCAAUUUUUACCCGUGGAUUUUUAUUUUCCUGCACACAACUGAUUUGUGGGGUACAAUUUUUACUUUACUGAUUUGUUACCUGCUGUACAGCUUGUUUAGCUUUAUAAAUAGCAACAUGUUUCUUCCAGGUAAGUGAGUAACAGUGUUUAGGGAUUUUUUUUUAUACAGGUAGUACAUCUUAAUAUUUUCAGUUUUUUACAUAUUAAAUUAUUACCAUAAAUCUCAAACAUCAUCAAUGAUGUUCUUUAAGGUUGCAAUCCUGCCGAGGCACAAAUAGCCAUCCCCACUGAUUUGACCAGGUCUUGUAUGUUGUUAAUCUUGGCUUUCGAUGCAAGUGUAGUAAGAUUAGGAAAAUGCCAAAAAUGUUUAGUCAACACCAGCGUAAGCCUGUUGUAUCCCAUACUUUGAAUAAGCCAUCUAAGAACAGGUUCUUUAUAUGUAGAUAUUGGAAACAUUUACUAUUGUUGCCACCAUAAUCAUUAAAACUCAGAUUAAAAACAAACACCCAGCUUUUGUAGCUACAGUAUUUUCUAUGCACUCUAAGCAAAAUGUCCUUAAAAAUGGCCUCUUUGCUAGUUUUUAGUGCUCAACUGCAGUGAGUUAGGAUUUUCAAUUGAAAGAAUGGGGCCAAAAAAGAGAACACUCUUGCUGCUUUUCACAUUUCUAUCUAUGAGAGGGACAUAGGAAGCUGCUUUAUACCAAGUCAGACCAUUGGUCCAUCUAGCUCAGUAUUGGCUACGCUUGCUGGCAGUGGCUCUCCAGGAUUUCAGGCAGGAGUGUCACCCAGCCCUUUCGGGGAGAUGCUAGGGAAUGCACUUGGGACCUUCUGCUUGAAAGACAGGUGCUACCACUGAGCUCCAGGCCUCCCGCAAGGAUGUUGUAUGGGCAAUACUCAAGAGAUUUGCCCACCAAGGGGGAUAGGCAUAAGAAGACUUCUCCACCACCUCCUUUCCCUGGUAGGUCACAAAAGAAUUUCCUCACAAAAGAUGACUCUGCCCAAUUUUCUAUGAUCCGCCCCUUCCCCACCCAUUCAACCUUUCUUUAGGGGCCGGCCCUGCCCUUACUUUUCUGUGGAUAGAUUUCUGGAUACAACCCAAUUUAGAUUGGUAUAAGCAAGCUUUGAAGUCGCAGAAAACUCAAGUAGAAUGCAAAAUAAAAAAAUUCCUU